AUGCCCCCCCCUGCGCCCGGGGCCCGGCUCCGGCUUCUCGCCGCCGCCGCCCUGGCCGGCUUGGCCGUCAUCAGCCGAGGGCUGCUCUCCCAGAGCCUGGAGUUCAACUCUCCUGCCGACAACUACACGGUGUGUGAAGGUGACAACGCCACCCUCAGCUGCUUCAUCGACGAGCAUGUGACCCGCGUGGCCUGGCUGAACCGCUCCAACAUCCUGUACGCCGGCAACGACCGCUGGACCAGCGACCCGCGGGUGCGGCUGCUCAUAAACACCCCCGAGGAGUUCUCCAUCCUCAUCACCGAAGUGGGGCUCGGCGACGAGGGCCUCUACACCUGCUCCUUCCAGACCCGCCACCAGCCGUACACCACUCAGGUCUACCUCAUUGUCCACGUCCCUGCCCGUAUUGUGAACAUCUCGUCGCCUGUGACGGUGAAUGAGGGGGGCAAUGUGAACCUGCUUUGCCUGGCCGUGGGGCGGCCAGAGCCCACGGUCACCUGGAGACAGCUCCGAGAUGGCUUCACCUCGGAGGGAGAGAUCCUGGAGAUCUCCGACAUCCAGCGGGGCCAGGCCGGGGAGUAUGAGUGCGUGACUCACAACGGGGUUAACUCGGCGCCCGACAGCCGCCGCGUGCUGGUCACAGUCAACUAUCCUCCGACCAUCACGGACGUGACCAGCGCCCGCACCGCGCUGGGCCGAGCCGCCCUCCUGCGCUGCGAAGCCAUGGCGGUGCCCCCCGCGGAUUUCCAGUGGUACAAGGAUGACAGACUGCUGAGCAGCGGCACGGCUGAGGGCCUGAAGGUGCAGACGGAGCGCACCCGCUCGAUGCUUCUCUUUGCCAACGUGAGCGCCCGGCAUUACGGCAACUACACGUGUCGCGCCGCCAACCGGCUGGGAGCGUCCAGCGCCUCCAUGCGGCUCCUGCGCCCAGGAUCCCUGGAGAACUCAGCCCCGAGGCCCCCAGGGCCCCUGGCCCUCCUCUCUGCCCUGGGCUGGCUGUGGUGGAGAAUGUAG